CAUUUUAAUUCUAACAGGUACCUGUGAGAUGGGGUUUUACUGCACCUCAUCAAUUGAAGUUGUGAAGAAGGAUGAAAAGAUUUGUGUGACCUUUUACUCUGACCAUCGUGAUCACAACCUUGAUUUUAACAGCCAGGUUCACAUGACACUUCCCAAGAGUGAACAGGAUAAGAUUGCAGGUAUGAUUACACAAGGGAUCGAACAUGACAUAAUUUUGGACAGAGUGCGGGAGUCAGCAGGCAGUAAUCGAAUGUCUUUCUUAGAAAAGAAGGAUAUAGAUAAUAUUUGUGUUAGGUAUGGAUUGAAUAAAACCCACAGCAGACACUCUGAUGACAGCACAAGUGUACGAUUAAUUGUUAAAGAAAUGCAGGAUGCCAAUGAAGUCUUGUAUUUCAAAGAUCAAGGAGAUGUAGAUUCAGAUAAUCCUGAAAUACCAUCCAAAGAAUUUGUAUUAGGUUUUAUGAAAGGGGGACAAGAAUUAAUAUUUUCUACCCAGAUGAAAUCUUGUGACAAGAUACAGGUAUGCAUGGAUUCAACUCAUUGCAUUAGCCAAUAUUCAGGAUUCCAGUUAACCACAUUAAUGAUUCUUACUGAUCUCAAUAAAGGUUUCCCAGUAGCUUUCCUUAUCAGCAGCAGUGUAAAUACCAGUAUUCUGAAGGCUUUCUUAAAUUCAGUGAAAAAACGUAUGGGUCAAGUCAGAGCAUAUACUUUCAUGAGUGAUGAUGAUCCAGUUUUUAGAAAUGCUUGGGAUGCAACCAUGGGUAGAGAUAUGAAUUUACCUGUUAAAUAUAUCAACUGUAGCUGGCACACAGACAGGUCAUUCAGAAAGAAUAUUGCAUCCAAGAUUAGUGCACCAUUCAUGGAAAAACUAUCAGUUUAUCAAAUGGUCAGAGUUCUCAUGGAUGAACAAGAAGAAAAUGAAUUUCACAAGCAAUGUAAGGGUUUUCUCAGCUAUAUGUUAGAAGCUGGUUUUGAAAGAUUUCAUGAUUAUUUCAAAGAAAAUUAUCUUUGUGAGAACAGAAUUCAGUUAUGGCCACAGUGCUAUCCAGUCAAGGUUGCGGGCUAUGGUAACGAGUUAUUUGAGAAGUGCAUGGCUAAUCUAAAUCUGCAGUUCCAGCUAUGUAUGACGACCAGCAAGGAGACGGUGUACACACUUUCAGCCGCUGGUAUACUCAGAAGAUUCAUCAACUUCCCCACCACUCCACAAGAAACUGAGUUGAAGCAGCAGGAAUGCAGGACUCAGUAG